GGAGGACACAAUUCACUAAAAGCCACAUGGUUAGAAUUUAACUUCUGUGCUGGGAUCCCCACUUAGAAUCUACCCAUAGAAAACAUACCUCUCAUCUGACAGACUUGACAAGGGCUCUCAGAGCAGGCAGGUUUUCAAGGGCAAAUGGCUGGUUUCCUCUCAGACCUGGUUCAAUACCGGAAGCUAUUGCUAAUGAUUAUGGUGCUAGGGAUUGGGGGAACCCACCUGUCUGGUUUUCAAAUGUCUGUCAUCAAUUACACAUCUCCGUACAUUCAGAAGUUUAUCAACGAAACUUGGCUGGAGCGAUACGGGUCUGUGCUGCAACAGGAGACACUCACAUUAUUGUGGUCCCUCAUCGUGUCUAUGUACUGUGUAGGUGGAAUGAUAGGCUGUCUGUGCAGUGGGCUCCUGACAGCAAAAUACGGAAAGAAGAAAUGUCUGCUGUUCAAUGACGUGGUCCUCAUAAUAGCCACACUGCAUACUGGCUUCAGUAGGAGAGCCAAAUCUUUUGAGAUGAUCCUGAUUGGGCGCUUCCUUGAGGGCAUCGGUGCUGGAAUACACUUGAAUGCCCACGUUCAAUAUGCUGGAGAGAUCUCACCGAAGAGGUUGCGUGGGUUUGUAAAUGUGAGCUGCUCUGUGUUUCUUGCACUAGGAAAAGCUGUAGCAAGAAUUCUUGGAUUAAGAGAUCUUUUAGGAACUGAAGACAUGUGGAAUGUGCUAUUGUCCUUCUCUGGGUUGGUGGCAUUGAUUCAGCUGGUCUUUUUGCCAUUCUUUCCUGAGUCCCCUCCCUAUCUCUUGAUGCAAAAAGGAGACAAAGCUGGUUGCUUGAAAGCCAUGAAGCAACUCUGGGGAGAAGAGAAUUACCUCACAGAAUUUGAUGACAUGAUGAAGGAAAAGGCUAUAACAAAAGGCACCAAAAUCAUGAAUGUCCUAGAGAUGCUGAAGGAACCAUCUGUGUAUCCACAGCUGAGCACCAUGCUCCUCAUUUUACUGAGUCUACAGCUCUGUGGCUUGAGUGCAAUCACAUUUUACACCUCAGAAAUUUUUCAGACAGCCAACCUGCAGGAAAGCAUAAUCCCAUAUGUAUCUCUAGGAGUUGCAAUUUCUGAGCUCAUCUCUCUCGUCUUCUGUAGUUCCAUUAUCGAUCGCUUUGGACGCCGGAUACUCCUGUGGGGUGGUUAUUUGCUGAUGGCACUGAUACUCAUGUUGCUUGAAAUAAGCCUUCUACUGAGCGAUCAGUUCCUCUGGAUGCGGUACUGCAGUGUUAUUCUUAUCUUUUUAUUCGUCAUUGCCUAUGGAUUAGGACCAGCUGGAGCCGUCAUGUCUGUCAUGAAUGAAAUCUUCACCCUCUCGACAAGGUCCUCUGCUUUUGUAAUUGGUGGAAUCAUCAUCUGGCUAGGCCUCACUUUCACAGGAAUGAUUUUCCCCUUUGCUGUCAUUUUCCUUGGUCCUUUUUGCUUCCUCAUCUUUAUUGCUGUCCUGGUCAUUUCAGCGGUUCUCAUCUACCUGUUCCUCCCAGAAACAAAAGGGAAAUCAACCUCUGAAAUCACAGGGGAAUUCAAAAAGUGCCAGUUUAAGAAGAAACGUCGUCAGACUGUGGAGAAGAAUGCUACUGAAGAGAAGACAUUCUGCACCAAGCUCUGAUAGGCCACCAAGCAACUCCCACUGACAAAAAACCCUGUCUCAAAAUCAAACUGAAAAUUAAACCGUAACAUGGACUUUUCUCAAUAAAAUGUAAUGCAAAAAGUAA